UGUCGGCUCAGUCAUGUGAUCAGCUGUGUCCAAUCACAGGGACGUGUGCACUGAUCAUCAUAGCACUGAUAAUCAGUGUGCCCUGAUGAUUAGUGUAGCCCCAGCAGUGCCACCUGUCAGUGUCCAUCAGUGCCAGCUUUCAGUGCUCAUCCAUGCCACCUGCCAGUGCCCAUCAGUGCCACAUCAAUGCCACAUAUCAGUGCCUACCAGUGCACAUCAAUGCCACAUAACAGUGCCCAUCUGAGCUGCCUUUCAGUGUCACCCAUCAGUGGCAGUCAGUGCCACCUAUCAGUGCCAGUCAGUGCCACCUAUCAGUGCCAGUCAGUGCCGCCUAUCAGUGUGCAUCAGUGCCACCUAUCAGUGCCCGUCAGUGCUGCCUAUCAGUGCCGCCUAACAGUGCCAGUCAGUGCUGACUAUUAGUGCCACCUAUCAGUGCCAUAUAUCAGUGCUGACUUUCAGUG